CAUUUCCACACACUCUCUUCCCUCUCACGCACGUCGCAGGGGAACGCAAGGGGUGGGAUACGUUCUGUUCACUCGUCGACUGCGUACAACCCUACGGCCUACCCAGCAACACGGCAUUGCCUUAUGAUUUCCUGCCAAAGUUGAACCCCCCCCGGCUAUAUCAAUCUAAUCUAAUCUGAUAUUUCGAUCAAAUCAACGGAGUUCGCCUUAUGCAACCCCCCUUGCACCGAAGGGUCCACACACUGCCCUCUCCACCGCGUCGGAGGUCGGAGGGCGAAAACAGGUUCAUACCCGAGGACCCUUAUUCGGUGCGAUUCUGCAGGUUGAUCAAGACGGACGCUACGGUCUCAUGCUGCCUACGAGCGGCCAAGGAUUUGUUUUUUUUUGUUUUUUUUUUUCUCUUCCUUCUCUUUUCUUUUCUUUCUUUCUUUCUUCUCUCUUCUUUUCCUAGACAAAGGCCCCAUUACAAGUCGAGCACCAUGCGGAUACGUUCAUCAUUUGAUUAGGGAUUAAACUGCGGGUGAGGUACAGCGGACGGAUUCU